CACACACUGCAAGGUCCGCCUCCUCACGCACUCCACACAAACAGACGCAGCAGCCGGCAUGACGCAGAAGAUCGUGAUCGCGGUGCAGAUGGGGAGCAGCAGGUGCCGGUCCAAGGCGCUGGCGCUGGUGGCGGCCACGCCGGGGGUGGACUCGGUGGCGCUGGCCGGGGACGGCAAGGACCAGCUGGUGGUCGUCGGCCACGGCGUCGACUCCGUCAAGCUCACCAGCGCGCUGCGCAGGAAGGUCGGCCACGCGCAGCUGCUGCAGGUCGGCGACGCCAAGAAGGAAGACGCGAAGAAGCCGCCGGCCGCGGUCGUGGUCGAAUACUACCCGUACGGUUACUACUACCCAUCGCAACCGGCGCCGGUCAACUUCUUCUACGAGCAGCAGCACUACCCUGCUGCUGCCGCCGUCGAGGCGUACGGGUACCCAUGCUCGCGGCCGGAGCCGGGCACCUGUUCGGUAAUGUAGACCACAUCACAUGCUGAUUGGGUAGCGCGUUGAUUACUUAUACUGACUUUUGCCGGUCAUACUUGACGAUCAAGAGCUUGGCACCUCUCAAGUUUUCAUGGUGGUAUCGGACUUGAUGGAGUAUCUACUAAGGUUCAGCUAGCUACUGUGUCGAGCUUCAGUUAGUUAUAAGCUUCCUUCGAUGUCAGGUCUUGUCUUCUCAAAGAGCAGAGUUUCUGACAACAAACAAGCGGACCGUCAGCAUGACAAGUCCGGUUUCGAGUCCAACAAAAUCUGUCACGGGCCGGAAAAAUGAAUACUCCCUCCGUCCCUGAGUAUGAUUUAUACGACAUGGCGAGUGACAAAUCUUCUGCUCAACUCGCUAAUUGGCAGGUGGCAGCCCUCAACCUCAGCGCUGGUCUAUUACAAAGGACAACGCUAACGUCCACACGUGUGGUGUGAACCAAAUCUGCCCACACAUCCUAUACACGCAGGUUACGCCACGUCAUCGCGUGCAUGCAUGUGGAAAUCUUUUUGAAUUUUCAGUUUUUAAAAUGUUUUAUCUCUUAAAUAAAAAUAUCAUAUUGAAGGUUCGUUUUCACCAAUAGAUCCCUCGCGACAAGAUCUUCGAAACUAGAUCUCAUAUCAAUAUAUUUCGAUGAUUUUUUAUUAUUAAAAGUUGCCAUGUCUACUGCACAUGAAUUGACAUGAUGUUUAACUGAAGUUGCCAUGAUAUGUUUCAGCUAUUUUCUUCUACAUUAGUAAAUUUUGACAUAUUAUAAAAUGGUGAAUUAAGAAACUAGACUUGGCAUGAACUAUAAA